AUGUCAGACCAGGAGCAAGAGCAACAACAUCAACAACAACCACAAGAAGAGCAACAAGAGAACCAAGUCGCUACCAGAGAGAAGAAGCAUAAAAAGUCAUCCUCAUCAAAAAAGAAGAAGGCUCGUCAAGAAGAGAUGUUGCAGCAAAGGCAAGCAUUGCUAGCACAACAGCAGCAGAAUCAGCAAGCCGCUCAAAACAGUGGAAAGAACAGUAGCAUGCCCAAGGUGCGUCUUGAUCUCAAUCUGGAUGCAGAGCUGUACCUGAAGGCCAAGGCCAAGGGCGAUGUCACUCUGACACUUUUAUCUUAA